AUGGGAAAACGGAGCCCGAUCGUCUCGCAAAGCAAACAAAAUGCGUCGCGAGACCUUUUGGGAAUUUGGACAAUGACGUUCGCGCUGCGAGCGCUGGCUGCCUCCGGUGGGUGGUUUAUUGUUUUACGAGAGGCAUUACACGGCUCUCCCGCCAUUGUGCUCCAACUUUACGGCGCACAAAGACAGGACAAAUCGAAGAAACUCAAGCCUGUUGUCAGAUAUGUUGAUAGAGUGCCG